CCGCCAUGGCCCUGAACGCCCGCUUCGCCGAGGUGGAGUGUUUGGCUGAGUCCCACCAGCACCUCAGCAAGGAGUCCCUGGCCGGGAACAAACCUGCCAACGCAGUGCUGCACAAGGUGCUGAACCAGUUGGAGGAGCUGCUGAGUGACAUGAAGGCUGACGUGACGCGGCUCCCUGCCACACUGUCCCGAGUCCCGCCCAUCGCCGCACGCCUGCAGAUGUCAGAGAGGAGCAUCCUCAGCAGACUAGCCAGCAAGGGUACUGACACACACACUCCCCCGAUCAUCCCUCCAGGACCGUACGCCACUCCUCAGAACUUUGGACCCGCCUUCACCCCCGUCCCCCCGGGAGUCUUACCCAUGGGAGGGGCCAACUACAGCCAGAUGCCCCCUGGAUCUUUCGUAUCAG